GCUCCAAAGAUUCUCGCUUCGGGACGCCUCAUACUAACUUCACAGAUGGCGGACAAAUCAUGGCUUUGAUACAAGAGGAACAGCUCAAAGUCAGUGCAUCGGAAACUCUCGAGGAACUUGAAUGGUGCCUGGAGCGACUGGAAAACAUCCAAACUCACAGGUCUGUGAGCGACAUGGCAACAAGCAAGUUCAGAAAAAUGCUUAACAAGGAACUCAGUCAGUUUAAAGAUGGCUGCCAAAACGCCAAACAGAUAUCAGAAUACAUAUGUUCUACGUUCCUUGACCCCAAUGAAGUCGAUCCAAAUUCUGCAAUCACACACUUGCCUGAUAAGGCCAGUAAUGAGAAUCUCUCGCGUGACUCUUCAAAAGCCACUAAUGUAACACAGAAAACCAGUAACUCUACAGAGGUGCGAGUCUGCGGUGCCUCGUUUCUUAAUAUAGCUGACACCGAAGGACCAAAAGCUGCUGAUGAGCACCAAUGGCUCCAGAAAGCCAACACAGAGUCUUCCCAAUCGUGUGACCGUGUGACACCAACAUCAGCAUUAUCGUUAGACGUGUUGCCACCUGGACUCAAGUCAGAUCAAAUGGCUAGGUUAAAACAGUUUGUUGUUACCGGUUUGGAUCAGUGGGGAGUCGAUAUAUUUGAAUUGAGUCAGCUCACAUCCAAUCCCCUCACUUGUUUAUUUUAUGCCAUUUUUCAGAAACGUGGGCUCAUUAAACGGUUCAGUAUUCCAGAAAUGAAUUUGGUCCGUUAUGCUAAUCUGAUUGAAGAGAAGUACAACGACGUUCCGUAUCAUAAUAGAGUGCAUGCUGCUGAUGUUCUUCAGUCAACCCAUGUCCUGCUCAACGCAUCUGCGCUUACGUCUGUUUUCACCGAUUUGGAAGUCAUGGCAGUGUUGUUUGCCUGUGCCAUUCACGACGUCGAUCACCCUGGAUUGACGAAUCAAUUUUUGAUCAACACCAAUGAUGAACUGGCAAUUCUUUAUAACGACACUUCGGUGCUAGAAAACCAUCACCUUGCUGUUGGCUUUCAGCUGCUCACACGCCCUGGGUGCGACAUACUAGAAAACGUUCCCAAAAAGCAACGUCUCAGUCUUCGUAGAAUGGUUAUUGACAUGGUGCUGGCUACAGAUAUGUCGAAACACAUGAGCCUGUUGGCAGACCUGAAGACCAUGGUUGAGACCAAAAAGGUCGCAGGAUCCGGUAUCCUUACGCUAGACAACUACAGCGACAGAAUGCAGAACAUGAUACACUGUGCUGAUUUGAGCAAUCCGACAAAAUCCUUGAAGCUGUACAGACAAUGGAAUGCUCGAAUUAUGGAGGAGCACUUCAGACAAGGUGAUCGAGAAAGAGAACGUGGAUUGGACUUGAGUCCCAUGUGUGAUCGAACCACCGCGUCGAUCGAGAAGACUCAGGUCAGCUUCAUCGAUUACAUUGUUCACCCGCUUUGGGAAACUUGGUCGGACCUCGUACAUCCGGACGCUCUGCAGAUACUGGAUACGCUAGAUGAAAACCGAGAAUGGUAUCUCAACCAGAUCACGAAGGAAACAGUCAGUGAGGAUUCAGAGCCCCCAGAAGAUAAGCAGUAACAACAUGUUGCACUCAAUCCCUGGUUGCAAAGCAACACGCAUGCACAGAGUAUCUAGCUUUUGUAACACCAUCGAUUUUGUGGGACAAAGACAUUACCUCGACACAUUCCGCAAGAUCCCCAAACGUGCACCCAGUUGCAUCCCAAUAACUUGGGUUCAUUCCACUCACGGGCCAAACACACAUGGGUUGAUCAAUAUCGAAAUGACCGGAAAAAUGUGUGCUCUAGGAAUUAGUUGAUACGUGACUGACGCCGGUAAUCACCUAUCACUGUACCACAACUACUCAUUCUGCACAACUACAACUCCGUCCAAGAACGCCACAAAGCACAUAUAAACCUGCUUCUCUUGGACAGGUUGUCCCAUAAAUUUCCCUGCCCCUCCACCCUGACCAGUAUCCUGCAGCCCCAUUUGUUAGCCUAAGAGCAUCCAGAUCGACAACACACCAGUCAAACUUAUAUUUUGUUUGUUUGAUGAAUACAGCGCGUCGAGCUCGAGUAUGGGUUCCACUACGGCUGAGCGGAGCCAUGUCCGGUACAAGAAAAAUCCCGCUUUUGUACAGAAAUUUCUUUGUGCAAAUAAUAUAUAAAGGAAAACUUGCAUGUCAACGUGUUCUAUAACCAGUAAAACCCCAGCACAUAAGGUCAAAAAGAGAAGGAAAGUACCUGGAUGGAUCAAUGGUGAAAAGGUGUUGAGGCUGGCAGACAUGAUUAUGAAUAGUUCAAACAACCGGGUAGUGGAGGCAUACCAUCAUGAGUCAAACUAUAUAGUCUUGAUUCGACGCUUCCCAGUAGUGAACUAGCUCCAAAUCGAAGUAGUUCUGGCUGAACCCAUUCAGAUCCCAGAUAGUUGAGAAUCAAAGCCGAAUAUUCCAUAGCAUCAUGUGCAGUUUGUAGACCACCAGCUGGUUUGAAACCAACCUGAGUUGAGGAGAAAAGACAUAAAAAGGAAUCAUUCAAUAUCACUACUACGGUCGGUAAUAGGAUGGACAGAGUACCGUUUAGCUCUUACUCUACCUAGAGCAUCAUGAUAAAUUAAGACACCCUGAAAUGUAUCGGGAAAUGUCUCACUCCACCAUUCAUCAUGAUACAGGAGUAGCCGAGGAACCUACGUAGCCCGCAUUACGAAAUGGAAUAGAGAUGUUUCCCUUUGGACGGACUGCCUCAAGUAAUCGACACAGUGGUUUUUCCGACAGGUCGUCUCUCGCGAAAGCGGACUAGCGAAAACAUCGGGAAUAAAUAGCGCGAAAGCAAACGUCGAUGCCAGACGCGGAGCAGUAAAAAUCCUUGUGCGAAUGUUUUGGAUUGUGUACUGAAUUUGAGAAACAAAAUUCACAAAUCCAGGAUUCUUAAACUCAACCAGUUGGUCCAGUAGAAAGCCAGCGUAGCAAUGCAUGAACUGGCCGCAAUAAUCAGAGACUCGUGUUCAAAGGCUGGUGAACACUGGAAUAGUGAUGAGCGGUUUUUAGCACCCUGUAUCAAGGAAUCACACGGGCCGAAGUUUAUGGGAAGCCUUCGAUUCUACCACAUCAAAAAAGACCCAAAGCAGCAAGUGCCGCGUUGUCACUUCGGAGCUCCACUGUUGCAGACAUUAGCAACCACAACUUCUUGACUCGACAGUCUAUGAAGAGACUGGUGCAUAUUUUCUCAAGCUAUCCUAGAGGCCCACAACCAUUGUGCAUUAUGAUCUAUCGCAAGGUGGAAUGGCUGAGGCAUGCAGCUGCAACACCCUCUGUAAAGGAAUUCGUCAGUGUGUUUGUCAAUAUUCUUCCCACUCUUCCGACGAUUUUUUCGCUUUUGUUUAGCACUUGUAUUAAAAUGAGUUGUGCCUAGCCUGGUGAGAUAGAUUCGAUAAACCAUUUCCCGUUCUCAAUGAAAUUGCACACAGGACCCUCCGUGAACUAUAAGAUACUGACGGAAUUUCCAUGGGAACAUAAGGAAGAGGAUACCAGGUAGGGCUAUGGACUGCUUUUCCACUAUUCCGUCCUUGUAAUCCACAUAUGACGUGUGCGAAUAUCUUGACCCACAAAACUGUACAAAAAAUUUUGGCCUACGUUGCCGAUACAAUGGACACCCUAUUAGACAAGGAAAUGAAAUGAUAGCUUUAGUCUCCUCGACCAAAAUAUACCAGGUCACAUUGGGAAAUCUGUCCCUCCAAAGUCCCAAACAUCAAUGAACGCUCAAAGGAGCCCACCGAGAAUUUUUCACCUGAAGGACUCGCUUCUUCCAAGGGAAGAAGGAAGGACAAGUGGAAUACGAAGAAACUGGAAGCACCGAAAUUCAAAUAACACAAAAACAGAGAACAUGAAGGGUUGUUAGAAAUCCUAUGCUGUUCUUGUGUUUCCCUGACAAUCGGACACUCGGAAUUUGGUAUGCUGUCACUCCACCCGAUUAUAUCAUCAGAUGUGAACUUGGAUUCAUUUGAAUACAUCUGAAUCACGAUAAUGAGGUGUGAAAUGUAGUUAGAAACACUCUGAUCACAAACAUGGUUACAAACUCGGCGACCACUGCUAGGAUACUUUCGAUCCGAUUUGUAAUACUUUCAGGAACGAAAUUUGGCCACUUCUAGAGUAUAGUAUACAUGAAAGACACGACCACCUAGGUAAACCUAUCUGACUAGUAAACCCUACAUACUUUCGAUAAUACUUAAAUUCAAACUGUGAACCGGCCGAUUCAUAGUCUUGAUUAUGCGAAGGAAUUGUCACAUUUUAAUGAGGUAAGGAGUGUGUCGCGGUAUUAUUAUGCUGAAAUAUCGCGGAUCGCAGGUUUGUUGGAAUCACAGGGGGCAGGAAAUCCUCCAAUGUCCUGUCUGUUCCACUUUUAUAAUCGCUAACUAUGUUUUCCAGCCGCAGAAAUCACAUCCAAAAAUUAUCACGGAACCAAAAUCGUAAGCUGGACUACUGAAGUCCCAUCCGAAGUGAAAACUUUUUGCUCUAAAAAUUUCACGACAAACGGGUGAAAGUUCAGGGAGAUAUAAUUCAUGGCCCACUACAUUUUGUU